CAGCAAUCACUCUUCUUUCUUUAGAAAUGGUGGAGUCCAUGAAGAAAGUGGCCGGGAUGGACGUGGAGCUGACAGUGGAAGAAAGGAAUCUGCUAUCUGUGGCCUACAAGAACGUGAUCGGUGCGAGGAGAGCCUCUUGGAGAAUCAUCAGCAGCAUCGAACAGAAGGAGGAGAAUAAAGGUGGGGAAGACAAACUGAAGAUGAUCCGGGAGUAUCGGCAAAUGGUUGAGACUGAAUUGAAACUAAUCUGUUGUGAUAUUCUGGAUGUUCUGGACAAACACCUCAUUCCAGCAGCCAACACUGGCGAAUCCAAGGUUUUCUAUUACAAAAUGAAAGGGGACUACCACAGGUAUCUUGCUGAGUUUGCCACAGGAAAUGACAGAAAGGAAGCAGCCGAGAACAGCCUGGUGGCUUACAAAGCUGCUAGCGAUAUCGCAAUGACAGAGCUUCCUCCCACACAUCCCAUCCGCCUAGGACUCGCCCUCAACUUCUCUGUUUUCUACUAUGAAAUCCUUAAUUCUCCUGACCGUGCCUGCAGGUUGGCAAAAGCAGCUUUUGAUGACGCUAUUGCAGAACUGGAUACGCUGAGUGAAGAAAGCUAUAAGGAUUCUACGCUUAUCAUGCAGUUGUUACGUGAUAACCUGACACUAUGGACUUCAGAUAUGCAGGGUGACGGUGAAGAACAGAGUAAAGAAGCGCUGCAGGACGUGGAAGAUGAGAACCAGUGAGAUGUCAAGGCCAAUAAGAGACCCUCCCCUCUGUCCCCUUCCUGCCCCCCCUCCCUCCCCCAAGCCCCUCCGUGUCCCUGGGAGCCAUCGGAUCUGACGUUUGUGAUGGGCCCCAGAAUUUAGGUUCCUUCCCUGUUGGUUUUUUUACACAGUUGAAACGUUCUCUAAAAAGGCAAGAGUGAAUGUCUGUGGAUUUUACUGGUGCCAGCUUUCAGUUUCUUUGAGACACUAUCCGGACUGGCUGCGUAGAGGCUUUUCCUGCAUUCCUGUGUUGCCUGCUGUCAGUGUUGGAGGUGACAUCUGGAAGUCCUUAGACCCCUAGAGGAGGUUGGUUGCACUCUAGAGUGCUGGUGGUGGUGGUGGCGGCGGCGGGCGGCGGCGGGAUAUAUAUAUAUUUUUUUCCAUUUUUUAUAAUUGUUUAAACAAUUUUACACCAUUGUUUAAAAUUGGGCGUUUAGCUUGAAGUUACAGGUUUCAUUGGAACAGUUCUUGUAGUGGUUUUGCUGUAAAACAAACAAAAAAACCAAACUAAACAGGAAACAAAUCUCCAAAACUGUGCUGAGAUGUUGCUGCAACCGACGGUGCUGGUAACGGUUCAACAAUCCGUGGCUGCUCAUUCUUGCCUUCUCUUUACUUUCCCUCCAAGCAGGUUAGCAUUGAAGGUGGCGUUGAGAAGCCUGCAUGUGUGUUCAAUAUUUUUCUCUCCCGCUCCCGCCUCCCUCUUCGCGAGCUCAACCUCUUUUGUUCAGUAUGUGUAACUUGAAGCUAAUUUGUACUACUGGAUAAUCUGACUGGAGCCACAGAUACAGGAUCUGUAUUGUUCUUACUGAAACACAGCAUGGAAUUAACAUUAAACUUAAAUAAAACAACCCUAAAUUAAAAUGAUGCCAAAUACUACUGCUACUUUUACCCCUGGUAAUAACUGUUUUAGCCAGAAGUGCAGGCAGAACAAGUAGCAGGAAAAAAACAAACACCCCAGUCCUUUCUCAGAGGGCCAUUGGCUGUAAUGUAAUAAGAUGGCCUAAAUCAGAAUUGGGGACAUUAAAUUUCCGGCUGUGUACAAAGCCCGGACCUGCCGUGAAGCCCUUUGUUCUUUCGGGUGUGUUUGUCCGCUUCCUGGGAGCAGCUGAGGGGACACUUCCUGCCCAUUGACUCUAGAGUAGAGGCACCCGGUCAGACGGGGCCAGGUUGAGGCAGAGCGAGCCAGCCAGCCUUUGGAAACCAAGGUUGGCUUGGCAGAUUUUUCUGAAAAGCUACCCUGUUCUCUUUCCAAAGUUCAUUUCCGCUACCAGCUGCGUUUGGGCCUUUGCGUCAUGGGCUGGUGAAAACCCAGGAUGGAUUGUGGGGGGGGGGAGGAAAUCUUGCACCCACCCCAAAAGAGUGUCCCUUCACUGCUUUGGUUGCCUUCUCUGCUGAUGAUGCCCCUGUACUUCUGGUGUGAACUGUCUCUCUCUGCCUUUUAGCUUCAUUCAGGCUUUCCCUUUGGACUGAGCAGCGAGUCUGUUGGAUAAAUAAAAUACUGUGUAAACAUCUGG